AUGUUCCGCUUUCUGGACGGCGUGCUCGCCAAGUUCGCCGAGCGUGAGCUGCAGCUCCACGUACGCCUCGAAGCCCUGCAGAGCCAGAGGGAUAAUCUCGCUAAACAGAGGAUUUCAACAGCAGAUACAGUAGAAGUUGCUGAUGCAGAAAGCUUGCAUGAAAGAAGACUGAGAGCUACACAGAGGAAUAAAACGUUACUGAAGGAGCUGGAGGUGUCCGCGGCGAAGCUGAGGUCCCGCACCUGCUACUGCCCCACCGACUCGCAGCUGGCCGGCCUGCUCAAGCGCUACUGCGACCACGUGUCCAGGAGUGUAGCGGACACCGGUAUGCAGCAUCAGCAGCAGCAGGUGUGCUGGCUGGGCCCGCCUCUGGACUACUCGUUCCGCGGCCUGCGCGCCGUGGAGGAGCUGUCGGCCAGGGGCCCGCGGCGCGGCCGGCGCGGCUACCGCAGAGCGCCCACGGGCCACUACCGCUGCCAGGCGCUGCGCCUCAACAACAACGCCAUAGCCUCCGUGCAGGGACUCUUCUCCGUCGCCCGCCUGGUGCUGGAGAAACCAGGACAGCUCACUUGGCUGGACCUGUCGUUCAACCAGCUUUCGAGCCUGCCUGAUGACCUGUGCCACUUCUUGGGGCUGAAGAUCCUGUACCUGCACGGCAACCGGCUGUCCGAGCUGUCGCAGGCGCUGCGCGUGCUGUCGCGGCUGCCGCAGCUGUACAGCCUCACCCUGCACGGCAACCCCGUGCAGCAGAGGCCCGACUACCGCGCCGCAGUGCUCGCCGGCCUGCCAGCGCUGCGCUGCCUCGACUUCACCAACGUCACCGCGUCCGAGAGGUCCGCCACCAGCCCGCGGUGA